GCGACUCUUGCUGAUAUUCCCGGAAUCUCUCUCUCUCCACAGUAUAAAAGUACUUUCUCUUUCAUUUCUGGCUGUUGCCAUCACGCACCGUCUGUCUCCACUCUCCAGAAACGAGACGUAUUUGAAGAGCGGUGGAUUAAUGGCGGGAAAUGAUUGGAUUAACAGCUACUUGGAGGCGAUUCUGGAUGUAGGUCCUGGGCUCGAUGAGGCGAAGUCAUCGCUGCUGCUCCGGGAGAGGGGAAGGUUUAGUCCGACCAGGUACUUCGUGGAGGAGGUGAUUACGGGGUUCGAUGAGUCCGAUCUGCAUCGCUCCUGGGUUCGAGCGCAAGCGACGAGGAGUCCGCAGGAGAGGAACACGAGGUUGGAGAAUAUGUGCUGGCGGAUUUGGAAUUUGGCUCGCCAGAAAAAGCAGCUUGAGGGAGAGGAGGCACAGAGAAAUGCUAAACGUCGCCUGGAACGUGAAAGAGGUCGCAGAGAAGCAGUUGCUGAUAUGUCUGAAGACCUAUCUGAGGGUGAGAAAGGAGAUGUAGUUGGUGAUCUUUCAACUCAUGGAGAAAGCAACAGAGGUCGAUUACCUAGGAUCAGUUCAGUUGAUACUAUGGAGACCUGGCUUAGUCAACAAAAGGGCAAAAAAUUAUACAUUGUAUUAAUAAGUCUUCAUGGUUUGAUACGUGGUGAAAACAUGGAGCUUGGCCGUGAUUCUGAUACUGGUGGCCAGGUGAAAUAUGUUGUUGAAUUGGCAAGGGCUUUAGGUUCAAUGCCUGGUGUAUAUCGUGUUGAUUUGCUCACUAGGCAAGUAUCUUCACCAGAAGUAGACUGGAGUUAUGGUGAACCCACGGAGAUGCUGCCUCCACGAAGUUCUGAUGGCUUGACAGAGGAAAUGGGAGAAAGUAGUGGUGCAUACAUAAUUCGCAUCCCAUUUGGACCAAAAGAUAAAUAUGUUCCAAAAGAACUACUAUGGCCACACAUCCCUGAAUUUGUUGAUGGUGCUCUCGGCCACAUUAUACAAAUGUCCAAGGUUCUUGGUGAGCAAAUUGGGAAUGGGCAUCCAGUUUGGCCUGCUGCUGUCCAUGGGCACUAUGCGGAUGCAGGUGACUCUGCUGCACUGUUAUCUGGUGCUCUGAAUAUUCCAAUGAUUUUCACUGGUCAUUCGCUGGGUCGUGACAAGCUGGAACAACUUUUGAGACAAGGCCGACUGUCCAGGGAUGAGAUCAACUCUACCUAUAAAAUAAUGCGAAGAAUAGAGGGAGAAGAGUUAUCCCUUGAUGCCUCUGAAAUAGUCAUUACCAGCACAAGACAAGAGAUAGAUGAACAGUGGCGAUUGUAUGAUGGGUUUGAUCCAAUUCUAGAGCGUAAGCUUCGUGCUAGGAUAAAGCGUAAUGUGAGCUGUUAUGGACGGUUCAUGCCUCGCAUGGUUGUAAUUCCACCCGGAAUGGAAUUUCAUCACAUAGUUCCACAUGAUGGAGACAUGGAUAGUGAAACUGAAACAAAUGAAAAUGGGAAGUCUCCUGAUCCACCUAUUUGGACUGAGGUAAUGCGCUUCUUUACAAAUCCUAGGAAGCCUAUGAUUCUUGCCCUUGCCAGGCCAGAUCCUAAGAAAAACCUGACAACCUUAGUCAAAGCAUUUGGUGAAUGCCGCCCACUAAGAGAGCUUGCUAAUCUUACCUUAAUAAUGGGCAACCGAGAUACGAUUGACGAAAUGUCUGGUACGAAUGCAUCUGUUCUUCUAUCAAUUCUUAAGCUGAUUGAUACAUAUGAUCUCUACGGUCAAGUUGCAUAUCCCAAACAUCACAAGCAAUCUGAUGUUCCUGACAUCUAUCGUCUGGCCGCUAAGACCAAGGGUGUUUUCAUAAAUCCAGCUUUUAUUGAGCCUUUUGGGCUAACACUUAUUGAGGCGGCUGCACAUGGUUUGCCAAUUGUUGCCACAAAAAAUGGAGGUCCAGUUGACAUUCACAGGGUACUUGAUAAUGGUCUUCUCAUUGAUCCACAUGAUCAGCAAUCUAUAGCUGAUGCCCUCUUGAAACUUGUAGCUGAUAAACAUCUCUGGACAAAAUGUCGAGCAAAUGGAUUGAAAAAUAUUCAUCUCUUUUCGUGGCCAGAACAUUGCAGAACAUAUCUCUCUAAAAUAGCAGCAUGUAAACCCAGGCAGCCUCGUUGGCUGCGGAUCGAUGAUGAUGAUGAAAAUUCAGAAUCAGAUUCACCAAGCGACUCAUUACGAGACAUACAAGAUAUAUCCUUGAACUUGAAGUUCUCCUUUGAUGGAGACAAAAAUGAGAGCAAAGAAAGUGCUGAUGGAUCCGCGGACCCUGAAGAUCGUAAAAGUAAGCUAGAAAGUGCUGUUAUGGCAUGGUCCAAAGGUGUUCCAAAGAGUGCUCAGAAAUCUGGAUCUGCUACCGACAAAGGGGACCAGGGUUCAGGUAAAUUCCCAGCUUUGAGGAGAAGGAAAUACGUUUUUGUUAUUGCCGUGGAUUGCGAUGCAAGCGCCGGUCUUUCCGAAAGUGUUGGAAAGAUCUUUGAGGCAUUUGAGAAGGAAAGGAUGGACGGUUCUGUUGGAUUUGUACUAGCCACAUCCUUUAACAUCUCGGAAAUACGCUCUUUUCUGAUUUCCGAAGGAUUGAAUGCUACUGAUUUCGAUGCAUUCAUUUGCAACAGCGGCGGUGAUCUUUAUUAUUCAUCUCUUCACUCGGAAAAGAAUCCGUUUGUGGUGGACUUGUAUUAUCAUUCACAGAUUGAGUACCGUUGGGGUGGCGAAGGUUUGAGGAGGACUUUGGUCAGGUGGGCGGCUUCUGUAACAGACAAGAAAGGAGAAAAGGACGAGCACGUUGUUCUUGAAGAUGAAGAGACUUCAGCCGAUUACUGCUAUACAUUCAAAGUUCUGAAGCCUGAAAUGACCCCCCCUGUGAAGGAAUUAAGAAAGUUAAUGAGAAUUCAGGCGCUACGAUGUCAUGUUGUCUGUUGUCAAAAUGGAAGCAAAAUCAAUGUGAUUCCAGUCCUGGCAUCGCGAGCCCAAGCACUCAGGUACCUGUAUCUCCGGUGGGGUAUGGAUCUAUCGAAAGUGGUGGUCUUUGUUGGCGAAAGCGGGGAUACCGACUACGAAGAAUUACUCGGCGGCAUCCACAAGUCUGUGGUGCUGACCGGAGUUUGUUCGACUGCAUCUGCUCAGCUCCACGCUAAUCGGAGCUACCCUCUCACCGACGUCGUAUAUUACGACAGUCCUAACAUCGUGAGAACCUCCGAGGGAUGCAGCAGCUCCGAUCUCCAAACCACGUUGGAAAAGCUACAGCUCUGAGAUCUAUCUGUGGAGCAAUACAUACAUGUUUGUGUUUCCGGGAUGCGCCUGCCUGCGUACGGAAAAUCAGGUACACUCUCGGACGAUUAUCCUACGUUGUAAUAAAUGUUUUUUCGUUACGAUUCGAGGACUCAUCCAACAAGUAUUAUAAAUAGGAGCCCUUUUUUGGGGCUUGAAAAUGGAGAGGGUUGAGUGGGUACUUGUGUUGAAUGAUCCCUUUGGAACGGUUUGCUUUCGAAUAAAACAUGUGUUGUGAGGCUUCGAUGAUGAUUUAAUUCGAUGCCCCACUCUUUUCUAUACA